AAGACAAAGAUGGCGGCGCCGAGCCUCCCCACGCCGCUGUAUGGGCACGUGGGUCGCGGAGCCUUCAGCGACGUGUACGAGCCUUCGGAGGACACGUUCCUGCUGCUGGACGCGCUCGAGGCGGCUGCGGCCGAGCUAGCAGGAGUGGAAAUAUGCCUUGAAGUCGGAGCAGGAUCUGGUGUGGUGUCUGCGUUCCUGGCCUCCAUGAUAGGUCCUCAGGCCUUGUACAUGUGCACUGAUAUCAACCCCCAGGCGGCCGCAUGUACCCUGGAGACAGCACACUGUAACAGAGUCCACCUUCAGCCAAUAAUUACAGACUUGGUCCAAGGCUUGCUGCCCAGAUUGAAGGGGAAAGUUGAUCUGCUGGUGUUUAACCCCCCCUAUGUAGUGACUCCGCCUGAAGAGGUAGGAAGUCACGGAAUAGAAGCAGCUUGGGCUGGUGGCAGAAAUGGCCGGGAAGUCAUGGACAGAUUCUUCCCGCUGGCUUCAGAACUCCUCUCCCCCAGAGGGCUGUUCUACUUAGUUACCAUAAAAGAAAACAAUCCAGGUACAUUGAAUACAGAGCACGAAGCUGGUGGAAAGCAAAGAAUGUAUUAGUAAAGUCAACUAAGCCAAGACAAAAGACAAACUCUAACAGACUACUGUGCUCCAUGAGCUGCAUCUCAACACGGUGCUCUACUUGUGCUGUAGGGCAGAGGCAGAGCACGACCAUGCACUGAGACGGGAGUCUCAUCCCUGGCCCCAACGAAACAGAGAGAGUGCUGGGGGCUCCAGUGCAGGGGCCUCCUACAAAGGAUACGCACAUCUUUAUUUCCUAAGAUGACACGACAUGGUACUGCACAUUUCCUCACAAACCAGCAAUGCCAUUAUUAGAUGUAUGCUUCUAAUAUUUUUCUCAAAUCAUUUUCCCAUUCUUACAGCCAAACUGGUUUGUAGGUUCUAUUUGAGUCAAGAUGUGUAGUUGCUAUUCCCCACAGAUGACUAACUCACACCCUCCCACACAUUUCUUCCACACCACAGUCUUUAAUCUUGCAAAUUCCUGAGAAAAACUAAUCUCAUUUUCAAGAUUAACUUUAUAUCAAAUAUUAUAGCAUUCUUUUAGAACAGAACACACGGAUGAGUAACCCAAAAUGUCUUUAAUUGUUUACCACCAAACAGGAAAUUCUAUAUAAAAAUAUGGAUUUAUAGUCCCUCUUAAAAUUAGGAAAAUCUGGCACCCUGGGAGCACCCCAGGACUCUGUGUGAUUCCCAUGUUUCAUAACUACUUGUCUCUCAAUAACGCAGCCUGCGCUUCCCACAUCGUCACUGCUCUGGUCUCUGCAACAGUUCCAUGAGGACUCCUUUCUUUGUGCCACAGCUCACACCAGAGCUCUAAGAUCUGGAGCUGGUUCUGUAGGCAUGCUGACAAAACACCUUCACAACGAAGACAUCUAGACACAGAAAUGGUGUGGGAAGUC